GGAGUGGGGAACCCGUGGCCCUCCAGUUGUUGUUAGACUCCCAACUCCCAUCAGCCCCAUCUAGCAGAACUAAUAGACUAUGACUAUGGGAGUUUGAGUCUAACAACAUCUGAGAGCCAGAGGUUCCCCAGCCGUGACAUAGAAUAUUCCAGAGGAUCAAUGUGUGAGAAUGGAGUAAUGCAAGCUAACAAAGAAUCCUUAACAUCAAGCUGGGAUGAGCAGUGAAGGGGCCAGUCAUUCAUGACUUCCCAAUUUGUCCUCCUGAGCAUUUAAGAAAAAGCAUCCAGACCUGCUUUCAGCACCAAGAACCCAACAGGACCCACUAGUGUUGAUAGCUGUCCUGGGUUCCCAAUGGUGAUUAAAUGUAAAGCUGCAAUAAUAUGGGAAGCUGGCAAAAUGCCUUCUGUCGAGGAGGUGGAGGUGGCACCACCAAGAAGUCAUGAAAUUCGAGUGAAGAUGGUGGCCACUGGGAUCUGUCAGACGGAUGAUCAUGUAUUGAAAGGUGUUUUUCCAAACAUAGACUACCCAGUUAUUGGGGGCCAUGAAGGAGCUGGCAUUGUUGAAAGUGUUGGACCAGGAGUCACUUGUGUAAAGCCAGGUGACAAAGUCAUUCCUCUUUGUCUUCCCCAGUGUGGAGAAUGUGGCUGUUGUUUAAGUCCUAAUGCUAACUCUUGUCUCAAGAACCACUUGUAUGAACCUCUUCAAAACCUGAUGCCAGAUAAGACCAGCAGGUUCACCUGCAGAGAGAAAAGGAUCCACCACUUCCUUUGGACGAGCACCUUCUCUGAAUACACGGUUGUGCCGGAGGCUUCUAUUGUAAGAAUUGACAAUGAUGCUCCGCUGGAGAAAGUCUCCCUUUUUGGCUGUGCGUUUUCUACUGGCUAUGGAGCUGCUAUCAAUUGUGCCCAGGUUAAACCUGGUUCUACCUGUGCCAUCUUUGGCUUAGGAGGUGUCGGUCUGUCUGUGGUCAUGGGCUGCAAAGCUGCUGGAGCAUCCAGGAUUAUUGGGAUCGACAUCAACAAAGAUAAAUUUACCAAGGCCAAAGAGUUAGGAGCCACUGAAUGCAUCUUUCCUCAGGAUUUCAAGAAGCCCAUUAAUGAAGUGGUGGUGGAGAUGACAGGUCUUGGCGUGGACUACUCAUUUGAAGCAAUUGGGCAGAUUGACACUGCGGUUACUGCCCUUAAAUCCUGCCACUUGGGUCAUGGCACCUGUGUGCUGGUCGGGGAACCUCCUGCAGGAUCAAAGAUCUCCAUUGAUCCUUUUCUGCUCCUCACGGGAAAGAAAUUGACAGGGUGUUUGGUUGGAGGCUGGAAGUUAAAAGAUGCUCUCCCUAAACUGAUUUCUGAUUACAUGAAAAAGAAAUUUAAUAUGGAUGCAUUAAUAACUCACAUGUUGCCUUUUGAGAAAAUCGGUGAAGGCUUUGAGCUUCUACACGCAGGAAAAAGCUCCAUGCUGUUAGGAUGGGAAAUGGUGGUCCAAGGGCACCUGUGAGCAUCGUGGCUGAAAAGUGAUUUGAACCUGGGUCUCCCUGAUCAAGUCCAACAC